AUGGGUUACUCAAAGAAGAUGCUUGUGCCACUAUUUACUUGUGCACUAAUCAUUCCUUCUCUUUUCACAUCAGCUUUGGCCGCCGCCAUAGGCAGUACACCAAGGAGACAGUCAGACAGCCGCGACUUGGACCCCGUCUAUCUCAAGGCGCUCUUCCCCGAGGGGCACAUUUCCUCAGAUACUUCUGAUCUACAGUAUGGCCUCAUUACCGUUGGAGCCAACUCCAAGUCUGGCGCGGUAGACCCUAUCAGCUCGGGAUCUGGCGUUCUUCUGGCUGUUGGAGAGUCUCAUGGACUUGCCCAACUCCAGAAAAGAGAUGGCCAACCAGAUCCUUUUGUCUUCCUUGACUGUCCCGCCAACGUACUCGACCAACCAGUCAACAAAACCCAGAAGGCUAGAGUCGUCUGCGCAAGUGAGGACGUCGAUGGCUGCUUCAGGGUGAUGGAGCGUGGAGUGGAAGGCACUUUGGUGGAGAUGCCAGAAGAGUGUGCACCAAAUUCGUUUGCUCGAGCAGUCUCUCUAGAUCUUGCUGAAGACCAAACUAUGCCAGACCACUUGGCCAAGCUAUAUAACCCCACGUCCCCGAUAUACGAGUUUUCCUUCGACUUCAACAAAGAGAAACGGCGAGACGACGCGGAAGUAGCCAUACGAAUGGAUGUGACAAACGUCAAAGGACACUGGGACGGUCUUGUCGAGUCUCCCGGUGUUGAGAAGCGCCAUCUCGAGCGCAGAUACUUUCCGCCUGCAAACACUGACUGGAAGGAGAAUUUACGGAAAGGAGACAGAUUCCAAUACGGCUCUGGUGGAAACUCGCUGAAAGUCCAAAAGGACUUAAGUACGCCGGUCUUUUGGCAAGCCGCCGAGAACUGUUCUGUAGGUGAUAAACGCUAUGGUGAAGGUAUCGCAGCUUUCGUCAAGGGCAAGGUCGAUGCCAAAUUAUCCUAUGCCGUUACAGUCAUUGCAACCUCAACCAGAGGCACUUCGAGGGUCGAUGUCAAGGAGGCUAGUGGCUUCAUCAAAGUCACUGGGCAGACGGAUUUGACCUUUGGAAGCGAGGAACACUGGGAAGCCUUUCAAAGGCACACGAUUAGUGCAGGGGCAUUCUGGGGAUACAUGAGCCUCACUCCCUUCAUCAAACGGCAAACUUUCUUGGCCACGUCUCACAUGAAUGUGGCCCCAUCCACCAACACUAGUCAUGCGGCGACCUUGAAUGGACGCCUAACUACACGAGUCAAGUCUGACUUGGGCGACUUUCCAGCCUCGUUUCCUCACGUUCUGUUGCCAGACGAGAUGCACACUCUCAGAAAAGACCACAAGGAAACCGAGAUGAAUAGUUUUGAGGAUGACAUUCUUUACGGGGACGGAGGCGAAAAAGGCAGCACCAUACAAAUCGGACAUAAUCUCACUUUUGGGCUCAGCUUGAGUUUUGGCGUAUACACCGAUGUACAGGGUCCGAAACCAAAUGGCGAGUCCAGCUCUGCAUUUUUACUUGUCACCAGCGAGACAUAUGCCAAUUGGGAUAUUCCACCAGCCAAGAACGACCAAGUCUGCCCUUAUGCAACCGCCUCGAGUCUACUUCGACAAGGGGUAACCGGCAGAGGCUUUCUUAGCUGGGAAAAGGACGACGGGUCGGCGCUACUUUUCGUUGAUAAAGAAGCUCCUUACCGCAGACCCUGCUACUCGACCAAGAGUGGGCUAGACAACCCUAAAGAUACCUUUGGUUACACGCACCUCAGGCCCAGCAAUGCACUUCGCCACGGAGCCGACCUCUUUGUUCAACAAAGAGUCGAUCAAAAUCUCGGCCGCAUCAACUGCGAUAAUGGGCAAUGUGGGUCUUGUCUUAAUAUGGAACCUAGUCGAAUAUGA